GGAAGAUGUCGACGAUUAUAAUAAUGAUGAAGUUGAGUUUGAAGCCACACAUUUAGCUGAUGAGGGUUUUAACGAUAAUGAUGAAGAAGUUCAGUUUAACAAUGAAAAUUCUGAGAAUGAAGAAUCGAGUGACAGAUAUCAUGGCACGUACUAUGGGUCGAGGUAGUGUUCCAGCUGGUGGUCGAGGUGUUGGGCAAGAUGUUGGUCAAGCUGGUGGACGAGGUAUUGGACGAGGUAGUAGUCAAGGUAGCCAUCUUGCUACUACUCAAGAGGUUUGGCGUUGUGGUGGUCGAGUUUAUAUGCGAGGUGGUGGUCAAGUGGGUGAUCGAGUAGUUGGGCGACGUAGUGGUAUAGGUAGCAGUCAAAGUAGUGGUCAAACGGGUGAUCGAGGAGUUGGGCGAGGUGGUGGUAUAGGUAACAGUCAAAGUAGUGAUCAAGCGGGUGAUCGUGUAGUUGGGCGAGGUGGUGGUAUAGGUAACAGUCAAAGUAGUGGUCAAGCGGGUGAUCGAGGAGUUGGGCGAGGUGGUGGUAUAGGUAACAAUCAAAGUAGUGGUCAAGCGGGUGAUCGAGGAGUUGGGCAAGGUGGUGUUCAUUCCAGUGAUCGAGGUGUUGGUGAUGUUGAUGUUGAGUAUGAUUUUCACUUGAUGAAUUCUCCUAUUGAGAGUAGCGCUGGUGAUGAUGAGUCUGCUUUUCAUGUUGCUCCCGCGAGGCGGGGAAGCGCUUCCCAAGCCCAAGUACCUGAACCUAUCAAUCGCGAUUGGAUUUGGGUUGUAGAAGGAGAAUUUAGUAAUCAAGGGACUGCUACCCGGACUAUUUCAUCAAAUUUAAUAAGUUUGUGGUCCGGUCCAUGGGACAGCUGGAGAGAUGUUCCUAAUGAGCACAGGACACGAUUGUUUGAGCGAUUCCAGAUGUAUUAUCAGUGGGAGGAGAGAAACCAUGCACCAAUUUAUAGGUGCUGGGAGAAGUGCAUUGCUGGUAAAUUCCCCACUUUGUUGCGUAACGUACGGAAGGAGGCUAAAGCUAUGGCGAAACAACAAGGUAAAAAUGUUGGAGACGAUAUGACCGAUCUUAUUGACUUUAAACCAACAUGGAUAAGAUCUGAGAUAUGGAAACAAAUGCUUGACCACUGGAACACACCUAAGUGGAAAGCAAAGUCUUUAAGAAACAAAGAGAUUAGAAGUAGGGCCACCGGCGGCAAACAUACGCUAGGAUCUCAAUCCUAUGUGACCAUGAAAAGAAAAGCGGAAAGGAAACUUGGGCGUGAAUUGACGAUUCGUGAAGCAUAUAAGCAAUCACACUGCAGGAAAGGAAGUCGACCAUUGGAUAAAGAUCUAAGUUGUAGCAACUCACUAAUUUUGGACGUUGAUUCGGAAGGGGACGCUCAAGAAGAAAAUCUUGUAUGGGUUGAUGCUAGGGCAGAGGAGACUUGGGUUAAAUAUGAAGGUUUUCUUGGAAUUCUUGUUCGACCUAAUACAUGGUUUCUCUUUGAUUUUGAGAUGAAUAAUUAA